GGGGAGGUUCGACCUCGCCCAUUCAUACUGUUUAUAUUGUAUCUGUAUCCUGGCUGUCUCUCACGCCUUUGUCGAGCUCUAUAUAACAUGGCCAAAGUAUUUCACAUGGUGGUUUUGGUUGCCUGUGCGGUCAACCUAGUCCACGCUGUCCCUCUCCUCAGAAACAGCUUCCUGGGAAUAUCAGAUACUGAUCUCCAGUGUUGUGCACACCUUGGAACAGCAUACACAGGAAGAGCUCAUCCAGGAGCAGCACAUCCAGGGGCAGCUCAUCCUGGAGCGGCUCAUCCAGGGGCAGCUCAUUCCGGGGCAGCACAUCCAGGGGCAGCUCAUCCAGGGGCUGCUCAUCCAGGGGCAGCUCAUCCUGGAGCGGCUCAUCCAGGGGCAGCUCAUUCCGGGGCAGCACAUCCAGGGGCAGCUCAUCCAGGGGCUGCUCAUCCAGGGGAAGCUCAUCCCGGAGCGGCUCAUCCAGGGGCAGCACAUCCAGGGGCAGCUCAUCCUGGAGCGGCUCAUCCAGGGGCAGCACAUCCCGGAGCGGCUCAUCCAGGGGCAGCUCAUCCCGGAGCAGCUCAUCCAGGGGCAGCACAUCCCGGAGCGGCUCAUCCAGGGGCAGCUCAUCCCGGAGCGGCUCAUGUAGGGGUUGCUCAUCCCGGAGCGGCUCAUCCAGGACUAGCAUAUACUAAUGGGGCAUAUACCGGAGCUGUUCACGCAGCUUUACACUUCUAUUAA